AUCCACCCAAAAAUCAAAGAGCAGUAGGGAGAGACGCAGAGGUUUUGGUGGGUGGAUGGAGAUGGUUGCUUCUCCAUCCCCGUCUUUGCCCUGAGCCUUCCCCUGUAAUUCCCUCCACCCCCUGUUUCGUUUCGUUUCGUUUCGUUCCAGUAUUAUUACGAUGAUGCCCACCACCACCACCACCACCACCACCACUACGACGCUGAAGCAUCUCUCCCUCCUCUCUCCUCCUCCUCUCCAUUCGUUCCCUCCUAUCUCCUCUCUCCUCCUCCCUUCCCCUCUCCCUUUAUACCCUCGUCCCCCUCGUCCCCCUUCCCUCCCCUCCCUUCGCUCUGCCUCUCGCGUCCCCGACAAACGUCUUCAGGUUGCUCUCAUGUCCGCUUUCACGGCCCCCCCGCCACAUGGGUUUUCCCCAUCCGCCGCCUCCUCCUCCUCCUCCUCCUCCUCCUGCUCUUGCUUUCGGGGCGACAGAGAACGCCCGUCGGAUUCUGCUGCUGCGGACGACGACGGAGAUGAGGACGAGGAGGAGGAGGAAGGAGACUUGGCUUUCCAUGUCAGGGACGGCAGCAUGAGCACGUCUCCCUCUGCCCUGCCCGACAGAUGGGAUGUCCUGGGCCUUGGCCAAGCCAUGGUGGAUUUUUCGGGAAUGGUGGAUGAUGCUUUCUUGGAGAGAUUAGGACUGCAUAAGGGUACCCGAAAGCUGGUGAACCACGAGGAGCGGGGCCGAGUGUUGCGCGCCAUGGAUGGCUGCAGCUACAAAGCUGCCGCCGGAGGUUCUCUCUCCAAUAGCUUGGUCGCACUGUCGAGGCUCGGCACUCGGACCAUUGGAGGUCCUCCCUUGAGCAUUGCUAUGGCUGGUAGUGUGGGGAGCGACCCUUUGGGUGGAUUUUAUAGGGCAAAAUUGCGUCGAGCAAAUGUUAACUUUCUAUCUGCACCUGUCAAUGAUGGGACAACAGGGACUGUGAUUGUUCUCACAACUCCCGAUGCUCAGCGUACUAUGCUUGCAUAUCAAGGCACGUCGUCCUCUGUUAACUAUGAUUCAUCCCUGGCUGGCAUGGUUUCCAAAACAAAUGUCCUCAUCGUUGAAGGUUAUUUAUUUGAACUCCCAGAUACCAUCAAAACCGUAGUAAAAGCAUGUGAAGUAGCACGCAGGGGUGGUGCUUUAGUUGCAAUAACUGCCUCUGAUGGAUCAUGCAUCGAGAAUCACUACGAUGAUUUCUGGGAAGUUGUUGGAGAGUAUGCAGAUAUCGUGUUUGCAAAUAGUGAAGAAGCUCGAGCUUUUUGUCACUUUUCCUCAAAGGAAAGUCCUGUCUCAGCUACAAGGUACCUGAGCCAUUUUGUCCCACUAGUCUCGGUUACAGAUGGCCCCCGGGGCUCUUAUUUCGGUGUGAAGGGAGAAGCAAUCUAUAUCCCUCCUUCCCCAUGCAUCCCGGUGGAUACUUGUGGAGCUGGGGACGCGUACGCCUCGGGUGUCUUGUAUGGGAUUUUGCGGGGUGCAUCUGAUCUGAAAGGCAUUGGCGCCUUAGCUGCAAGGGUUGCAUCCACAGUCGUCGGGCAACAGGGAACCCGGCUUAGGGUCCAGAAUGCUGCUGAAUUGGCAGAGUCUUUUGCGUUUAAUGUCGAGAGUUCUGGGAUCCGGUCGGAUGUUGCUUCUGAUCAUGUUUCGAGCUUGUAGCCUGGUGCUUGAGGCCAUUUUCUUGAUGAUUUUUCCCAAUGUCAAUGGGAUCUGUCAUUGUUGAUAGCAAUGUAUUCAAAUGGAUUAGGACAUUCUUUUGAUUUAUAUAAGUGGAGUUUUUUUUUUCUUAAAA